UUAUAACGCGUUAGUGCUUUUUGGCGGCGUCUCUAAAUUCUCGCAAAAAUAUAAUUUCGCAAAAAAAAAGUGCUUAAAGUAUAAUAAAAACGAUGGUCAUGGAAGUGGAUACCAACGAGCCGGCCGUGGAGCUCACGGAGGCGGAAAACGAGCUGUACGACCGACAGAUUCGACUUUGGGGCCUGGAGUCGCAAAAACGACUGCGCACUGCCAAGAUUCUAAUUGCCGGUUUAAGCGGUCUCGGUGCCGAAAUCACUAAGAAUAUUAUUCUGUCCGGAGUGAACUCGGUUAAGUUGCUCGAUGAUAAGCCUGUUACAGAAGCUGACUUCUGCUCCCAGUUCCUGGCUGCUCGGGAGUCUCUGGGAAGCAACCGCGCCGAGGCAUCUUUACUGCGGGCACGUGCUCUUAACCCCAUGGUUGACAUCUCGGCUGACACACAGUCCCUCAAGGAGAAGGCGUCCGAGUUCUUUGCAGACUUUGACGUUGUUGUGGUGAGCGGCGAGACCAACGAGGAGCUCCUGCGGGUCGACACCAUUUGCCGGGAGUUGGGAGUUAAGUUCUACGCCACUGAUGUCUGGGGCAUGUUUGGAUUUUAUUUUGCCAGUCUGCAGAAACACAAAUACGUCGAAGAUGUAGUAAAAUACGUACCGAAGGCAAAUACCAAGCCCAAUGAGAAGACCAAGUACGAGUUAUCUUCGACUCCAGUACAGCGUGAAAUGGAGUACCCCGGCUACACUACCUGGUUGAAUUCGGAAACUUCUUCGCGCAGUUUCCAGCGGAAGUUGAAGAAAUCCGGACCUGGCCUUCUUCUGCUAAACGUUCUUCAAAAGUUCCGUGCCACGCACCAGCGUGAUCCUAGCUAUAAGACCCGUGAGGCUGACUUGGAACUGCUGCGCGGUAUUCGCGACGAGCAGGUGCCUAAUUCUACCCUGGCUGACGAAGCUCUGGGUGUUCUUUUCGCUCAAAUCUCGCCCGCAGUUGCUAUAGUUGGUGGUGUAGUCGCUCAGGAAGUCAUUAAGGUGGUCACAAAACUGGAAGCGCCGCACCGGAAUCUUUUCAUCUUUGAUCCACAGACUUGUGCAGGAUAUAUUGAAACCAUCGAAGCCAACUAAACUCGAAUUCUACUCUUAACA